AGAGAGAGAGAGAGAGAGGGGCGUCCUCCUCCUCAGCCAUCUAUCGAUCCGCCCUAAGAAAAGCAAACACGCCAAGAAAGGCAAACGGAGGCCGGCCGCCAGGAACAGCACCACCACCGGCACCUCCUCCCUACCUCCGCCAUGGGCUACACGGAGCCCCUGCUCUUCACCAACCCCCACACCAGCCGCAGCAGUCCACGCCACUACCGCAUUGCCAGCCACGACCCCACCACCCUCAAGAACCCGCCGCCGACGCCCACCACCGCCGACGCCAUGGUAGUAGCGGUGCACGACGACGAGACCGGCGCGCUCGUCGUCGCUGACGAUGGCCAGGACGCGCCGCCGGUGCGGUCGGCGCGCGAGGCGUGGGCGGUGUUUCUGGAGGAGUCGCGCCGGCUGUGGGCGAUCGGCGCGCCCAUCGUGUUCAAUAUCAUCUGCCUCUACGGUACCAACUCCACCACGCAGAUCUUCGCGGGGCACAUCGGCAACCGCGAGCUCUCCGCCGUCGCCAUCGGCCUCUCCGUCGUCUCCAACUUCUCCUUCGGCUUCCUCCUGGGGAUGGGGAGCGCGCUGGAGACGCUGUGCGGGCAGGCGUUCGGGGCGGGGCAGGUGGCGAUGCUGGGCGUGUACAUGCAGCGCUCGUGGAUCAUCCUCACCGCCUCCGCCGCGCUGCUCUCGCCGCUCUACAUCUACGCGGCGCCCAUCCUGCGGCUGCUCGGCCAGGAGGACGACAUCGCCGCCGCCGCGGGGGACUUCACGCUCCGCAUCGUCCCGCAGAUGUUCGCUCUCGCCAUCAACUUCCCCACGCAGAAGUUCCUCCAGGCGCAGAGCAAGGUCGGGGUGCUCGCGUGGAUCGGCUUCGCCGCGCUCGUCGCGCACGUGGGACUCCUCGCGCUCUUCGUCUCCGUGCUCGGAUGGGGCGUGGCCGGCGCCGCCGCGGCGUACGACGUGUCCUCGUGGUUCACCUCGCUCGCGCAGGUGGCCUACGUGGUGGGGUGGUGCAGGGACGGGUGGACGGGGCUGUCCCGGGCGGCGUUCACGGAGCUCUGGGCGUUCGUCAAGCUCUCGCUUGCCUCCGCCGUCAUGCUCUGCCUCGAGAUAUGGUACAUGAUGGUGCUCGUCGUCCUCACGGGCCACCUCGACGACGCCGAGAUCGCUGUCGAUUCCAUAUCCAUCUGCAUGAACAUAAAUGGGUGGGAGGGGAUGCUGUUCAUCGGCCUCAGCGCUGCCAUCGGUGUCCGCGUGUCGAAUGAGCUGGGAUCGGGGCGGCCCCGGGCUACCAUGUACGCGGUGAUGGUGGUGCUGGCGCAGUCGCUGGCGUUCGGCCUCAUCGCCAUGUUCCUCAUCCUGGCGACACGGGAGAAGUUCCCGGUGAUCUUCACCGGUGACCGCCACCUGCAGAAGGCCGUCGCCAACAUCGCCUACCUGCUCGCCGUCACCAUGGUGCUCAACAGCAUCCAGCCCGUCAUCUCUGGCGUUGCGGUUGGCGGCGGAUGGCAGGCCGUAGUGGCGUACAUUAACCUUGGUUGCUACUACGCCUUCGGCCUCCCGCUGGGCUUCAUCUUUGGCUACCUCUUCAGAUUGGGCGUGCAGGGCAUUUGGGCGGGCAUGCUGUGCGGGACAGCGUUGCAGACAGCCAUUCUCACCUGCAUGGUCUGGAAAACUGACUGGAAAGCUGAGGCGUCACAGGCGUUGGAGAGAGUGAGAUUAUGGGGUGGACAGCACGAAAAGCUUCCUACAUCAGAUCAGGAUGUGGUUAUCUAG